AUGAAGGACUUGGAGUGGACUGAGCAGCACUUCGCCAGCCGAGGCCGCAUGAAUCGUGUCCUGGUCACUUCGAAGGAUGGUGGCAACAUUCUGCGACUGGAGACGAUGGCCGAGAUUUUCCGACUUGCGGAUGAUGUGAAAGCACUUUCUGAUGUUGAUGGGACAUCUUUCGCCGAUUUGUGCCUGCGGGUGACCUCCGGUUGCUUGAAUCCUGGGGUCCGCCGAUAUUUUGGGACCGGUACCACAGCCGACUUCAAUCAGACAGUCACGACUCAAGCCGACAUCCUGGUUGCUGUGAACAAGGCCAACUUCCCCGACGGUGCUCCAGCAUUCGCCGACGACUCACUGGGUGGAAUUGAACGCGAUGGCAACGGCAGCAUCACGAGUGCCACUGCUGCGCGUGUCGACUUCAUCUUGAGCGCCGACAGCGAGGACGCGAUGACGAAAUGGGAGCAGGCUCUGGUGGAGCAUUUCACCAAGGACCAGCUCUCCAAUCAAGGCUAUGAGCAUGUGGAUGCCUUUGUGCAGGCGCAGCGCUCCCAGGACGACGAGCUGAACAGAACUGUUCGAGCGGACAUUCCACUUUUUGCCGUAGCCUUCGUGCUGAUGGCCACAUUCUGCUCGGUUUUCCUCGGUAAGACAGCAUCAUGGACACAGAGCAGAAGGCUGCUGGGAGCGGUCGAGUUCUAUCUGGUACUCUUCGGGUGCAUCGCUGGUUACGGCACCUCCAUGCUGAUCGGAAUUCCAUUCACAGUGCUGCAGCAGAUCCUCCCUUUCAUUCUCGUGGGCAUUGGCAUCGACGAUGCCUUUGUCAUCUCCGGGGCAUUCGAUGCGAUCGACCCAUCCCUGAGCAUCCCUGACCGGAUCGAGAAAGCUAUGCAGCGCGUGGGAGUCUCCAUCACAUUGACGAAGGUGACCUCCAUCUCCUCUUUCCUGCUGGGUGCAACCGGCAUCUUCCCUUCGGUGCAGUACUUCUGUGUCUAUGCCGCCAUCUCCUGCUUCUACAUUUGGCUUCUGCACUGCACUACCUUCUGUGCCCUGCUCGCCCUUGAUGCAAGGCGUGCCGAAGCAGACCCCCCUCGCCUGGACCCUUGCUUCUGUGUUGCGGCCGGUCCAUCAUGUAUGCCCAGCAAGACGAACUCGCAGGGCACGUCGAUUCUUGAGACGGCCCUCGUGGCCAUGAUCAAGUUCCUGACCAGCCACCCAGCCAUCUCGUUCACCACCAUAAUCCUUUUCCUCGUGGUAGCUGGAGUGUCUGCCUGGCAGGUGAGCCUGGGCCUCAGUACCGACUUUGACAUCAUGGACCUUUCGCCGGACCAGAGCUUCCUGCGAGAUUUCUACAACAUGGAAAACCUCCACUUCGGCGGCCUCUCCACAGGCGGCUUGGCCUUGCCAACCGCCUUUUACGUCGCAGACAAGGACUUCAGCUCCUUGGCAGUGCAGCGCCAUCUGGAAGAGGCCGGGGCCGGGUUGAUGACUCUCAGCAACAUCAACUCUGUCCGGGGCCUUCAAUCAUGGCACACCAUCUUUACAGUUUGGGCAGUGCAGAACAAGGGCGUCCUUGCUUCCUUGCCUGACAGUGCCUUUACGGCAGUCGAGACCAACCGUAGCGGCUGCGAGGCCGGCUUGCCCUCCGGUGUCACAACCUGCAUCAGCCACCUGGUCACAGGCAGCAGCUUCUUGACCGCACUUCAGGAGUUCCUCGCAACGCCUCGGGGUAGGGCCUUCGAAGAUGAUGUGGUGAUCCAGAACGGACAGAUCAAAGUGAUUCGGCUCCGGGCGAAUCAUAUCGACACGUUCAACAGCAAGCAGCAGAUUGCCUUGCUCGAAGAAAUGGAGGCCUUCACAGAGCAGUGGCAAAGCGCACUACCUGGAAGCUUCAUGAGCUCGCAGGUGUAUAUAUUCUUUGACCAGUACCGUAUUAUUGUGCAGCAGAUGACAAUUAGUAUCGGGCUCUGUUUGGGGGCAGUGCUGCUCAUUAGCGCCCUCGUCUUGGCCCAUCCUCUUUCUGUUCUGGUCGUACUUCUGGUCCUGGCGCUGGUCUUCAUGGACCUAAUGGGCAACAUCGUGCUGUGGUCCCUGGCUCUAAACUCCAUCUCUAUGAUAAACCUUAUCAUGGCCGUCGGACUGGUGGUGGAUUACUCCAUGCACAUGGCCCACAGCUUCGGGCUCCAAGACGGAUCUUUGCCAGGGCCCAAACGGGCCGAGCUGGCCAUGAAGGAAAUGGGACAACCCAUCUUCUUGGGAGUCUCCACCACCUUCUUGGCCAUCUUGCCUCUGGCCUUCUCGUCGAGCCAGGCCUUCCGCGUCUUCUUUCAGAUGUUCUUUGGGAUUGUGGUGGCGGGGGGUUCGCACGGGCUGAUCUUCCUCCCUGUCUGCAUGUCCGUGCUGAGUCCCAAGAACAAGACCACCGGCGUGCUGGAGAUGUCGAACCUGGAUGUUGAAGCGACCGGCGACAAACUGGGUAAAGGCAUACAGGACACAGAGUAG